AUGUCGAUAAGUAUCUACAACAGUAGUAUCACCAAUAGUGGACUUCCGACGGAGUGGUUCGGGUUCGCUCAAGCGAUUACCACCAUACGGCAGGAUUUGGUCAUGUACAACUCCCCUUCUGGCGUUUAUCUCAACACCACGGACUCGGAUUCUACCACAGGUUCUGUUUCGAUGAUACUGCUCGAGCAAGGAUGCAUCAUCAACGGCAACGGCAACAAAAACUGUACGCAUGCCUGUUACGAGAAUCCGAGUCUGCUUUGGACAGACGAGAACGCAACGUACACUCUAUACAAUUGUCUGGUGUUACCGCUCGUCGCCAAAGCAUAUGGGCAGAACAUCUUGUCAGAUAUGGUUCCGAAGUACAAUCGGACCUCAGAAAGUACAUACUACGAGGAUGAUGCCUCCGGACUGAUGCAUAGAUACGGAAUCGUGGCCAAGCCUGAUCUCAACUUGACUGAUCCAGACCAGUGGGCAGGCAUUAACAAUUGUACCAAAGCGUAUUGCCAGGCUUCCGGCGGUGUGGACUGUGACAACAUCACUUCAUUGACCUUGAACGAUAAUUGGAGGAUAGGCACAUUUGUCCCGCACUUUCUGGUCAACGGAUCACUAUGCGAUGGUGUUGCUGGCACGAUCAAUCAGGACUUAGGAGGCGUUGGAAUGAUCAUCGCAUACUUGAUCCAGAUCACGAUCUUCCUUACUGGCUGGGUAAUCGGAACUUUGAACAGUGCUGCUAUUGCAGUCGUGCACUUUACAGCUCGCUUUCUGUAUCAUUCCAGCGACACCAGCAAAGGCACAAGGUGGAGCCAGGCCAAACGUCACCAAAGAAAGAUCCGUCAAUCCCGACAAGCUGUCGCUCUGAAUGCCGCUCUUGUGGAGUUCCAGAAACGCAAACAUUCUUCGUACUGGCAGUAUCUUUGGCCGCCAUUUUGGCAGUCGGUGAUGCGGCAUAUCUCAACGUCUCAUCAUGGCAGGAUUUGUGGAAUAACAUCAGCUUCAUAUCAACGGUAG